AUGAAUCCAGACGUUACGAAGGCAAAAGAAGACGGCUCGAGUAGUGUAGUAGGAGAUGAAGCAAACCCAAGGAUUAUCGAGAAACCUGUCGGCCCAGGAACCGACCAAAGUCCCAGAGAUGCAAAUGAAAGCGAAGACAAUGCCAGUGGAAAUGGAAAAGGGGAAGAGGAAGAAUCAAGUAAGAAAAAUGAAGGGGAGAAAUCAAGAGAAGUAGACGAAGGAGAAAAAGAGAAGGAAGUUGUAGAUGACGAAGAAAAGGGCAUGCUAUCGAAACUACACUUUCCUUCAAGCCAAUAUCAAAAGUCUUUAAAGCUUUCAGGAAAAUGUUACAUUGACUCGGCGAUAAGAACUAUUCAAACGAUCCUGAAAGCGAAGGAGGUGGAAUGGUUCAUAGAGCACCCACAAUUCCAGCAUUUCUUCCAUAUUAAAAACCGAAAGCAGAAGUGGAUGGGAAUGUGGGUUCUCGUUUUGCGAUCAGCUUGUGUUGCGAAGAAGCAUGAGUUAUGGUUUGUCGUUAAUGGCGUCGCAAUCCGAUAUUCUCUUAGAGAAUUAGGACUCAUUUCUGGACUAUACUGCCAUGAGUAUCCCCCCAACCAUGAGAGGUUGGGUGGUACAACAUUCAUGAACAAGUAUUUUGGAGGGAAAAGGGUAACAUACGCUGACCUGGAGAAGCAGAUGUUGGCGAUGAAAUCAAAGCCAUCUGAGGAUCGUAAGAAGAUGGCCGUUCUGUUCUUCUUAGCCAGCAUCCUUGUCGGAGGCCGAAAGAGUGGUGAGGGAGCAUCACCUGUGGACAGUUUUUUCCUGAGUGUUGUUGAUGACCUAGAUGCGUGUGUAACGUUCCCUUGGGGGCGGUAUGCAUUCGAACAUAACUUGAAGGAUGUCUCUACCUUUUUGGAAAAAUGCGACGGGCUUGCGCCGACGAGUUGGGUUUUUACAAGCUUUCCUAUCCCUCUGGAGUUGUUGGCCUUUGAGGCAAUUCCAAGCUUGAGGAACCAUUUCCGAGAAAAUUACAAACGGAAAAGUGGAACCAAGGAAUUCAGUCUGAAAGCUGUGAACGAUAAACUUGGUAAUAAUACAAAGGAUAUUGAGAGUAUCUUGGUAGCAACAGCAGCUGAGGAGGAACUUCUGGAAACCAUAGGAAUGGACAAGGAGAGUUGUUGGGCCGAUGACGCCGAUGAUGCAGCAGUUGAUGGUUGGACGAAGAUAAUACGGAAAGGGAAGAAACAAGUUUUCUUUGAAGAACAGUUCCGCAUGGAUUUAGAGUCUCGCACAGGUCAGAUUGAAGGUCCCACCAAUCCUAUCGGAGGACCAUCGAAUAAUGUACAAUCUGGUCAGGCUAAUGCUGAUUCGGUGGAGGUUAGUGGAGCUACUCCUGGAGCUGAGGCUUUAAAAGCUAUGGAAGGUCGGCUUAUGAAUGCAGUCAGAGAUGCAGUUCGAGAUGCUAUGAAGGGAGUGAAUGAAAAAGUCACUUUAUUGUCUACGCAGCUAGGUCUGCUAGAAGAGGAAGUGAAAAGUCUUAGGUUGAGUGUUUCCGGAAGUGACAAUCCGGCGGUCCAAGAUGAUGGUGAUGGUAGUGACAAUAACGAGUCGGAAGAAGAGGAUGGUAGUGACAAUAACGAGCCGGAGGAAGAGGAUGGUGGUGACAAUAACGAGCCGGAGGAAGAGGAUGGUGGUGACAAUAACGAGCCGGAGGAAGAGGAUAAUAAUGUUGAAGAUGUCAUUCUCGAAAUUUCAAAGGAUGUACAGAGGGAAUAUGGUGAUGUUGACAUGGAUGAUGAUGAUGCGGAGAUGUAUGCACAUGCUGCGGAGGUCGAAAACAAUUUAAUUUCUGUAAACACGAAAAAAAAGAGGUCGAGAAAAGAUGAUGGGAAAGAAACAGUUCCUGUGAAAAAGGUUAAGUUGGUUGGUGAAACUGUGAGGAGUCCCAUUCAGCUAAGAAGCAAGGCAGCAGCGAAGGAGGCAGAAGCUGAGAAGGAGGCAGCAGCUAAGAAGAAGGCAGCAGCUAAGAAGAAGGCAGCAGGUAAGAAGAAGGCGGCGGCUAAGAAGAAGCCGAAGACAAAAAAAGUAGGUAAGAAGACGGAGUGA